CAUGCCUUGUUCCAUGCCACAUUAUAGCCGUGUGAAUACUUUGUUAGUUUAGUCUUUUCCCAGUGUAUGUUAUUUUUGCCCCCUCGUGGGUUGUUUUGUUGUUUUUGUCUUUAAUAAAUUCCUUAUUUUUGUACCCCCGUGUCUGCACUUGGGUUCUGUCAAACGUAUUGUGACAGAAUGAACAGGCCCACUGAACCCAGCAGACACAUGGACCUAGCAGGUGCCUUUGCCUGUUUUCGAGGCUCCAGGUUGGCGAUCUGCAGAACAUCCUCCUCUAGGGAAACCGCUAUGUCUGUUAGCGCUCCUAAUCGCCAGAUGGCGGCCGCAACCAGAGCUCCUCAUCCCGUACCGUUUUUUCCCAUCUUGGAGGGUAGGGCCAUGGGGGUUGUGGCCCUAAGCGAUACGAGACCCUCCUCUCCUACCCCAGAAAGCUCCACUCCACCUGUCUCCCUCCGUGGAAAGCGUGAGAGGAGGGUUACGUGGGAUUCCCCAUCUGAGGGGUCCUUGUCGGAGUUUGCCACUCCUAUCAACGUGCUCACCUCUCCUGCCAUGGCUUCUGCGCCACGCCCGAGGAGAAAGAAGAAGAGGAGGGGGCUGAUGUCACAGCCUGGUCCGUCAUCUCUCACUGAGCAACCAGCGCAGCUCCAGCCGUCGGCACUGCCGCUGCAGCCUCUGCCACAGCCGGCACAGCGCCUCUCGUCUCGGCUUCUCAGCCCGCUGCAGCGCCUCCUGUCUUGUCUCCGCUGCCAGAUGCAGCGUCCCCUGUCUUGUUCCAUGCCUCGUUAUAUCCGUGUGAAUACUUUGUUAGUUUAGUCUUUUCCGAGUGUAUGUUAUUUUUGCCCCCUCGUGGGUUGUUUAUUUUGUUGUUUUUUGUCUUUAAUAAAUUCCCUAUUUUUGUACCCCCGUGUCUGCACUUGGGUUCUGUCAAACGUAUCGUGACAGAAACAUUCAUAUAACCACUUAUCGAUGCGCACCUACUACUCAUGGUCCCUUUUUGCCAACCUUAGCUGAACCCUGGGAGUCUGGGACAAAUUUUCAGGAUAACCACUAUAUGUUACCCUGUGGAUAAAACCCCAUACUGAGCUGCCCGCUAAAGAGAGGUCUGGUUGACAGCAACACCCCUGUAAAUGAAACUGUCAAAAAACCAAAAGCCAUUUCCUGCACCACAGCAGAGCACAACUCUUCCUCUUCCUCAAGUGGCUCCUUAUGGGCAUUUAUACUGUUUUAAUGAAUGCCUGAAGAGUACUACGGCAACUCACUUGCUAUUGUUAGAUACAACGUUCCCAAGCUUGACUUCUCCUGGUUUAUCUCAAUGUGAAAUUCGGGGGAAUGUGUUAUUUAUCUUAAACAUUCAGUCAUUUAUUAUUAGAACUGGAAGAGUUUUAUUGCUUUAUUGGUGAUUUUAGUAUUCUGGUGCUGAGAAAAAAAGGAAAAAAAAUGUGG